AUGUCGUUUCAACUCAUUAUCGCCCUGUCUGGGCUGGGAAUUUCUCCGGUCGCUGCCCAGCACUUCCCGGCGACUGUGCCUUCGUUUAUCCGCCCGUCCUGGACCUGGACCUGGUCGCCCUCUCCCAGUUCCUAUGCUGAGCCGUCAUGGUCUGAGGAGACUCCCGCGUGGACACCGACUGUCUAUACCUCGGACACUUGGUCAUCCGUCGUCCCGUGGCCCUCGACAUACACUCCCUCUGUCUCAGCACCUACUUGGCCAGAACACUCGAGCUCUUGGGGCCCGUCUAGCUACUCGUCUCACGUCUGGUCUUCGGAAAGCUUGCCGUGGUCCUCAUGGCCGACAAGCAUUUACUCACCACACUCUUGGCCGUCCGAGACUCCCACGUGGCAGUCGUGGCAAACCACCGUGUGGCCGUCGCCAUCGCCAACGCCAAGUCUUCCAUCAUUGAACGAUGCUCUUAUCGCGGCAGGGGCCGCCAAGUUUGCCGCUCUAAUUGCAUCGGACCCUGUAGUCUCGGCUGCUUACGCCGCGGGAGUUCCUACCGUCUUUGCUCCGACCGAUCAAUUCAUUGGCAGCACAGUGAACGCAACGCGGCGGAGGAAGCGCGACACGCUCACCCCAGCACAGCAGCAGCAAUUGCUUCUCCACGCGACGCAGAGCCAGAGCGAGAUCAACGGCCUCAGGACUCCACCUGGCGCGGUGGUUGCGACCAAGGACACCAACGCCAACCUCAAAGGAGCCACGCAAAAGGUCGUCUCGAAACCGAAAAACAGCACCAAGACGACAUCCAGCAAGCGAUCGGCCCCGACCCUCCUCGCCAGACAGGACACGGCGGACACGCUCGUGGAUAUCCUUUCAGGGCUGGGCAACUCGGUUGGGGUCAUAACGGCCGACAUUCCUUUCGCUGGUGGAGUGAUUCAUACUACUGACGGCCUCUUCACCCUGCCCGCCACACUGUCCACCACGGCCCAGACCACUGGCCAAUCGACCUUUGUUGCCCUGGCCAACUCGUCGAACCAGUCGGCGACCCUGGACGCCACGCCUCUCAUCACCGUCUUCAUCCCCACCAACCAGGCCUUUGCCGCCGCAAACAUCGCCCCGUCCCUGUCACCCAGCAGCAUCCAGUCCGUCCUGGCGGGCCACGUCGUGCAGGACUUUGCCGGCUACCUCCCCAGCCUGAGCAACGGGGCAAGUUUCGUGACGCAGUCCGGCACGACCGUCACGGUGACUGUCCAGGGCGACGAUUACUUUGUGAACAACGCCAAGAUCGUCGCGUCGAAUCUGAUUCUGGAGAACGGAGUGGCUCACGUCAUUGAUACGGUCCUCACCCCGCCCAUCACACCAUACACAGGCGGCGCCGCCAUCCACGAAGCGGGUAUCGCCAAGUCCCUCGUCCUCGCUAUCAGCGUCAUGGUCGCUCUGGUGUUGACCUCGUGA